AUGAAUGAAUGUCUCAAUUCGGCCAACCCUUAUCAAACAGAAUACCUUGUAAUAUUUCAUAACAUAUUUUUUGAUAUCAUCUUUGUUAUUGAAUCGGAACAAGGUGUGAAUGCGUUAGCAGAUAAUAAUUUGGAAGCAUGGAUUGAGUCAUAUGUGAACUUUAUUGUCGAUAUGGCAUUAAAGGACAAUGAAGAAUAA